CGGCUAUGUAGGGAAAUCGGACUUGCAGGGUGAAAGCCCAAGAUGAAGGGGUGGGAUAAGCCAUCAGAGUCUAAUUGGGGAAUGAAUAUGAAUGGUAGGGCGGCUGUGGAAAGGAAGGAUACGUACGACUUGACAGGCGUGACAAAUGAUGGCAGAGAGUAAGAGACGGGAGUCCUUGAGCGUCCUUACAUAUCCAAGCAUGCUCGCUCCAGCGUUCGGUAGCGUAGAAGUCGUCGCUGGGAAUCGGCGCCCGCAGGCGUCUCUAAGCGGCGUGACCCGACGCGACUGGACGUGACCGACGCGUGUUGGACGCGCCGCUGCCGACGGGCGUUUGUUCCGUGACUUGUCUCCCGCCACCGACCGAACAUGGCCGAGCCACAGAAGCUUCGUAUGCCCACCGUCGCUGGCUUCAAAAUCGUCAAACAGAUCGGUGGCGGCGGCUUCUCUACCGUAUACCAGGCCGUACACCCAGAGACCCACCGCGUCGCAGCAUGCAAGGUCGUCACCAUCACCCCUGACUUCUCAGAUUGGCAAAUGAAGGCCAUCGAGAGGGAGUGCCGCGUGCACACCGCCCUCAAGCACAAACACAUCCUAGAACUCCUCGGCGCUGCCAAGCUCUCCAUCGAGCAGGCCGCCAGAGGCGGCUACCUCCCUGCCUUCUAUCUCCUCAUGGAGAUCGCUGCCGGCGGCGACCUCUUCGACAAGAUCCUUCCCGACGUCGGCAUCGACGAGGACAUCUCCCAUUACUACUUCUGCCAGAUGAUCGCCGGUCUCUCAUACCUCCACGAAGAAGGCGUGUGCCACAGGGACCUCAAGCCGGAGAACCUCCUGCUCGACGCCGCAGGCACCCUCAAAAUCAGCGACUUUGGUCUCUGUGCCGUCUACAAGGUCAAGGAGACUGGCAAGACGCGCGUCCUCAACGAGCGGUGCGGCAGCCUGCCGUACAUCGCGCCCGAGCUGCGCGGCACGGGCUCGUACGAGGCGGAGCCGAUCGACGUCUGGGGCAGCGGCGUCAUCCUCUUCACGAUGCUCGCAGGCAACACCCCAUGGGACGAGCCGACGCGGGGCAGCGUCGAGUUCAUGCAGUACAUCACGGGCGAGGCGUUCAACCACCGGCCGUGGAACCGCUUCUCGGCAGACGCGCUCUCGCUGAUCACGGGCAUGCUCGACAUCGAGCCCUCCCACCGGAUGACGCUCGCAGACGUCGCGGGGCAUCCGUGGGUAGCGAGACCGAGCCAGCUCGCCUCACGCGGCCUCUCCGCGAUCGCGGCGUCGCUCACCCAAGGCCUCCGCGACUCGGGCCAGAUGUCUAUCGCGGAGCCCAACCUCUCCGCGUCCGACGACGACCCGAUGGAGGUCGACUCCGCCUCCUUCUCCUCCGUGGACUCCGCGGCGAUGGUCCGCGCGGCCGGCCCGCGCCCCGCGAAGACGCAGUUCACGCAGACGCUGAUGCUCUUCUCGCAGAUGCCGGGCGGGCAGCGGUACCGCUACUGCCCGCACCUGACGCGCUUCUUCGCCGCGCUCCUCCCGCACGCGCUGCUGGUGCUGAUCCAGGACGCGCUGGCGGAGAUGGGCGUGAAGCAGAACCCGGCCAAGGAGCUCAUCCCCGAGCCUGGGGGGGACGACGAGGACGAAGAGGAGGAAGAGGAGGCGGUGGCGAUGAUCCGGAUGCGGAUCGGGACGAAGGACCGGCGGAAGAUCCACAUGAAGGGCUACGUCGAGAUCGAGGAGAUGAGGGGCGUGGGGUACACGGGGAGCUUUGUGGUGUUCGCGCGGGACGCGGGCAACCCGCUCGAGUGGCGGGCGAUGUGGAAGACGCUUGUCGAGCACCCGCUCGUCAGCCCGCAUGUGUACAGGAAGAGUGGCCUGUGAAGGGUUCGUUUUGUGAUCUUCGUGCUUUGUCGCUCGUGGGUUUGCAUCUGUACUAUAGCUUUUUUGGGCUGUAAAUCUUGCUUGUGGUAGAGCAGACCACCCCGCCGCCUCCGUCAUUGCUGUCGAGGCUCUGGUCUCGCACUGACUAUGUAUAAUACAUACGACUCCGUGGAUAUACGACAUGUUCAAGCACAAAUUCGCGCCGCAACAGGCAACAAGCUAUAUGCGCGCACCCCUACGCCUUCAGCGCCUUCGCAGCCACCCCAGCGUCCGCCUUGAUAUCCCUGGUAAACUCUUCAUGAGUCGUGUGGUUCCGCACCCACCCAACCUCCUUCCGUCUCCGCCUUGCAGCGCGUGUUGGCGAACAGCCACUCCGCGAAGAACUCGCUCCCGAAGUACUUCACCCGCUCGUCCACGGCCAACGCGGCCGGCUCCGCCCCCCUGGUCACCCCGAGCUCGACAAGGGCCUCCCCAAUCGCCCGGACGACCUCGUGCGUGGCGUGUUCGCUGCCCGUGACGAAAACGUAGCCCUCGCGCCCGCGCGAGACCUGCGCCGCGUCGAACAGGCGCGUCCGUGUCCGCACGGACGACGCCCAGAACGCGUGAUGAGCAGGCACACACGAUGCCACAAGGUGUCAUAAAAGAACGCGCUGUCCUCGACGUGGACGUGCCCCCAUGCAUGCGCGCCCUUCCCGGUGAUGCCUGGGAGGCCCCUCCUGCGGCGGCGGCGAUCGGCGCGGGCCCCUCGAAGAGCGGGCCGCUGGGGUGCCCGUAGAUGAUGCGCGGGGGGACACAUGGACGUCGGCGCGUGCGCAUCGGUGUCCGCGGAGCGCACCAGCUUGUCGACGCCGGCAUUCACGGGCGUCGCGGGGACAUUGUCGAUCGCAGCGAGGUCGAGGUAAGAGGUGAUGCAUGAUGGUGGAUCCGAACUGGGAUGUGUUCCGGUGAUAUCACACAGUCUCGACGACACGGUAAGCCGUGUUCAACCACCACCACAUCGCAUUAUCUUGGUUGGACGAUGGCAGGGAGCGGGGGCCGCGUAGAAACGAAAUAGUCCUUGUAGUGCGUUUCGUAU